CUACUAUUAAUAUUCGUUACCAUUUGUGGAUUGUUUGGCUUCUCAUUUGCAUUAAGUCACAUUACAAAUGAUGAAGAUUUGCAUAUUGCCAAGCUCUACGACCUCAUAAUUGGUGGUACAGUAUUAGUUGUUCCUUGCAUUAUAUAUUACGUUUAUGAAAUCAUAACGUUGAAUAUCAGAAGAGUUAAUACCAGACAAGGUCUUUUUGAUUCUGUGAUUUAUCCAAUAUUCGAAGAGGUGGCAAAAUUAGUAGUGUUGAUAUGGAUAACGAGAGAUUUAGCACCACUAGAUUACUUCUGGUUAGCAUUGGGAUAUUCGUUAUGUGGAACAAAUGUAUACUAUUACUACCCUGGAAACUAUGAUAAGAAAUAUUUUAAAUUCCUUACGUUUUAUGAUCCUUGGAUACAUCAAGAUUAUUUUAAAACAACAAACCCAUUCAAGAACGAGAAGGAAAUUAACUACAUUAUUCAAAAUCUAAUCCCUGAAGAAACAACACCAUUACUUGUGCCCCCCUUGCUUGCACCAGGUAAGAACAGAACUUCAUUCUGUAGUGAAGACUCUGGCAUGACCAUUGUCCAACAUCGAUCAUCAAUCAUGAAAUUGCCUACUGAAUUCAACCUUUCAAAACAACAAUCAUGCGCAAGUACACCAAUGAGCUCGCCAAUGAGAAAAUCAAUCAGUAUAGAUACAGUAACUGCCAACCCUACUCUCAAGAACUAUAGAUCAUGUUCUGAUUUUGUGGAUAAGUUAUAUUCUGUGUCACCUAAAAACACAUAUCAUUUAAAUACAGCUACUGCUCUUGCGGCAGCAAGUGAGACUUUUGAUGACUAUAUGGAUUCAGAUGAAGAAGUCACUACUGAAGGUAGACACUUUGGUGGAGGUGGAGGCGGUAACUUUAAGUUAAAAUUGCCUGGUGGUACUGAAAUUGAAUUUGGUGGUGGUGCCGGCGGUGAUUAUAGGGAUGGCGAUUAUGACCAUAGUGAUGAUGACGAUGGCGAUGACAAUGACAACAGGGGUGGAGACCAUAGAGACGGAAGCCACAGAAGUGGUAAGCAGAGAAAUGAUCCUGACAAUGACGACAAUACGUUACAAAACUAUUCAAGUGAAGACACCAAGUUUGACAAAACUACUACUAGUGCAGUUAGUGGGAGUCAACAAAAUUACACUAAUUUAAUAUCCUGGUUAUUUCCUCCAUUAUUUACAAUUGGAGAGAAACCAAAAUUUGAAGGUCAAAGUUAUCCCUUAAUAAAGUCAAGAUUAAACAGCUAUAGCCUCAAUGAAGAGUGCGUGGGUCUCGAGUCGCCAAUUAGUCCAACAAUUACAUCAUCUAGCAUUUAUCGAUAUCGAAACUUUCAAUACUUUGUCCUUUACAAUUUCGAUUAUUGUAUUGAACAACCAUUGUCAAGUAUAGUCAUCGAUCCCGUAUUCAAGAAAUUUGGGGAACUUCUUAAAACAAUCAACGUAUGGUUUAUAAUUUUAGACGAAUGGAAUUAUUGGAUUUGGCAAUUCCUUACGUUUCUUACAUUUGGAAUAGCUCUCAGCUUGAAUCUGUCUGUUUCAUGUUUUAUGGUUUUAUUCAUUGUUACUUGUAAAAUGUUUAAAGUUAAUUAUUUGCAUUGUUUGGAAAGAGAAUUAGAUUUCAGAAUGGUAAUUUUUGGCGAUACAAUUGUCAACUUGAUAAUUAUAUUUAUCAACAUAUUUGUUGGUAUUGCAUAUUAUAUAUAGUUGUUAUGAUGUUAUGAUGUAUAAUUUUAAUAAUACAGAAUCUAUAUAAAUAAUAAGUAAAAAAAAAUAUAAAAAACUCUAUAAAUCUUUUGGAUUUAAAUACUGUUGAUCCAAGUAUGAAGGAUUGGUAUAUGUGAAUCCUUUAACAUGGAGUAUAUCUUUUAUCAUAUUAGUUUCAGGUGACAUAGGUAAAGUAGUAAAUUCAUCAUCAAAAUUUUCCGCCAAUAUGGGAUCAGUGAUAAUUGGCAAUAUUGGUGGAAGAGAUUCACUAUUUUCAAUAUUUUCAAGCUCAUCCCAAUUUACAUGUCUAAAAAAUCUAUGUUGUUUGAAAGCCUUGAAAUCUUCAUCGACGUUUAUUCUUUUGAAUGGAUCAACUUGAAGUAAUUUCCUGAGUAAAUCUUUUGCUUCAACACUUAAAUAAAAAGGGAAUUUCAAUGUCUUUUUGGAAUUUUUGAUUUUUUCCAAAAUUUUCGUGGGGUUGGUACCUGUGUAUGGAGGAGAUCCUGUUAAUAAAUCAUACGCAACACAUCCUAACGACCACCAAUCUACCGAAUAAUCAUAUUCAUCACCUUUCAACACUUCAGGUGCCAUAUAUUGAGCUGUUCCUGUCAUUGAAUGGCUCUUACUCUCACUUGAAACUUUAGACAAUCCAAAGUCAGUCAAUACCAAGUUACCAUUCGAGUUCAACAUACAAUUUUCUGGUUUUAAAUCUCGAUAAAUAACCUUUAAAUUAACAUGCAAGUAUCUUAACGCAAGAACCAUUUGGGCAAUAUAAUAACUGGCAUUUUUCUCAGUCAUGAAUCUUUCUAAUGCUAAAUGAUGAAACAAUUCUCCACCAUCGAGAUAUUCCAAUAUGAGGUAUACCUUGUUAUUAUCCUGGAAAGCGUAAUAUAAUUUAACAAUAUUUGGAUGAUUCACCAUUUCCAAAAUAUUUUUCUCGUUUACCGUACGAUUAUAAUUCUUUUCAUUUACUUCGUUAGUAUUCUCAUUGAUUAUAAGCGAAGCCUUCUUCAACUG